AGUGAACCUUAUUGGAGAACAUGUGGAUUACUGCGGAUACUCGGUAUGUCCAAUGGCUUUGGAACAAGAUAUACUUUUAGCCGUGUCCAUCGAAGAUGAUAAAAUGCUGCACCUACAGAAUUUGGAUAUGAAAAUCCGAUGUCAAAGGAGAGGAUGGCGAAUUUGUGCGCAGGAUGUGAACGCUACAUUGGCACCCAAGGAGGCGGAAUGGACCAAGCCAUCGCUUUUUUGGCCAAUGAGGGUUGCGCCAAACUCAUCGAGUUUUCUCCCUUGAGAUCCACCGACAUCAACCUUCCCUCGGGGGCGGUUUUCGUCAUAGCCCACAGCUUGACGAAUUUGAACAAGGCCGCCACCACCGAUUUCAACUGCAGGGUGAUCGAAUGCCGUCUAGCAGCGCAGGUAAUGGCCAAGAAAAGAGGACUGGAAUGGGCAAAAAUAAAGCGAUUAGGAGAACUACAAAAAGCUCUUCGCGUCGAUCUACAGGCUAUGAUUUCGCUAGUAGAGGAAACUUUGCACGAUCCGCCUUACAUGAAAGAGGAAGUCAUAAAGGAACUGGAAACUACCUCUGAAUGCUUGGCAGAAACUUCACUGACGCAGAAUACGAAACACAUCCAGAGCUUCAAACUGAAACAACGUGCCCUACAUGUGUUUCGAGAGGCACUCAGAGUGGAAAAGUUCGUCGAAGCAUGUUCCGGGCCUCCCGGGACCGAAACUUUGGACAUUCUAGGCCAACUUAUGAACGAAAGCCAUGAGAGCCUACGAGACCUCUACGAAUGUAGCCACCCCCAGCUAGACAGGUUAGUCGAAAUAUCUGGAGGUUACACGCUGGGCACGAGAUUAACGGGGGCGGGGUGGGGCGGCUGCACGGUGUCCCUUUUGUCGCCAGAGAAAGUGGGGGAGUAUGUUGACUUUCUCAAAGAGCAGUUUUACAAACCACUCGGAGUUUUCGACGGCUUCGAAUCCGUUGUGUUUGCUACUUCACCCAGAGGGGGUGCUUGUAUCUAUGUUUGAUUUAUUUUUCUGUUAAUGGUGUUUGCUUGGCGACUGUUCGCUUUUCUCGUGAGAAAAUGUCGCGUAGACGUAACAGUUUUGGAGAAGUUUGUAAUAAAUUGGAAAAGCAGA